CUGAGACUGGAACUUGUCAGCUAGGAGGCCCAAAGAGGGAGAGAACCAGAGGGGAAGACGCGGCCACUCCACCUGUCCUAGCGGAAAGACCUGGCGGGAGUGCCUCCCUCAGCCCCCAGCUGCCUGCCCUGCCCGCCCCUCCUGUCCCUUUCAGUGCCGGAGAGGGAGGAGAAGAUGGAGCCAGGCAGGACCCAGAUAAAGCUUGACCCCAGGUAUACGGCUGAUCUUCUGGAGAUCCUGAAGACCAAUUACAGCAUCCCUUCUGCCUGCUUCUCUUACCCUCCCACUGCAGCCCAACUCCUGAGUGCCCUGGGCCCCUUGGAAUCUGCUCUCACAGGCAUCCUGACCAUGCUUACCCUGGGCUCGGUCGCCAUCUACCUGGAGGAUGCAGUCUACCUGUAUAAGAACACCUGUUGUCCCAUCAAGAGGAGGACGCUGCUCUGGAGUAGCUCUGCACCUACGGUAGUGUCUGUGUUCUCCUGCUUUGGUCUCUGGAUCCCUCGUUCCCUCACGCUUGUAGACAUGGCCAUCACCUCGUUUUAUUCAGUAUGCUUUUACCUGUUGAUGCUGGUCAUAGUGGAAGGUUUUGGUGGGAAGGAGGCAGUACUGAGGACACUGAAGGACACCCCAGUGAGAACCCACACAGGCCCCUGCUGCUGCUGUUGUCCCUGUUGUCCCCCCCUUAUGCUCACCAGGAAGAAGCUUCGGCUGCUGAUGUUUGGCCCAUUCCAGUAUGCCUUCCUCAAGAUAACGCUGGUCCUGGUGGGCCUGUUUCUCAUCCCUGAUGGCAUCUAUGACCCAGCAGAUAUUUCUGAGACGAGCACAGCUCUAUGGAUCAACACUUUCCUCGGUGUGUCCACCCUGUUGGCCCUCUGGAGCCUGGGCAUCCUUUUACGCCAAGCCAAGCUGCAUCUGGGUGAACAGAACAUAGGAGCCAAAUUUGUGCUGUUCCAGGUGCUCCUCAUCCUGUCUGCCCUGCAGCCCUCCAUCUUCUCAGUCUUGGCCAAUAGCGCGCAGAUUGCAUGUUCACCUCCUUUUUCCUCUAAAGUCAGGUCUCAAGUGAUGAAUUGCCACCUCCUCAUAGUGGAGACUUUUCUGAUGACUGUGUUGACACGAAUGUACUAUCGAAGGAAAGACGACAAGGUUGGGUAUGAACCUUUCCCUUCUCGAGACCUGGAUUUGAACUGCAAAGCCUGAAGUGGAUGGCAUGGAAUAUGGAAGAGACACUGUACUCAUUAGGAGAGCAUAAGAUUUCUUUACUGUCCCUCAACGUUGACCAACUGGAGAAGGAUUCCUGUUGUCAGCACAAACUGGCAGAUUACAUUUGACUACAGAGAUGAAGGUGAAUUAUUCAAUAGGAUGAAAAUGUUUUGGAUCUUGCUUGGGGAAGGUAUUUUAAGUUUUGUAAUAAACAAACAGGAUGGAAUCUGAAA